AUACUUGAGACUCAGUAAAGCUCACAUGAGUGACUUACAAUAAUGUGCAAGGAAUUCAUUUGCAGGAUUAGAUGAGCAGAACUUGAGCAUUUUAUCACCGCUUUUCCGACUAGCUCUACAUGAACUAAGCAGACAUCAGUGGGGGAUCUGUGGGGUUUGACGUGACUGAUCUAGCAUUAGCAAUCAAGGAUGUUGAGAGGGUAUGUUCCUCAAUAAACUGUCGAUCUGCCUACAAGGUAACAUGGACUAAUUAAAGAGAUUUGGAAUGUCUUGGCUUAAGAUGUGACCUAUGAGUGUGCCUGUGACGCACUGGGAUAGAGAAAGCUAAGGGAAUUCUUAUUUUCUGAGGGCGAGCACAGCCGAGCAGCAAGCGAUUUGAAGAUAUCAGAAGAUUUGUGGAUGCGUGCUGGUGAAAUGGUAUAGGAAUAAAUGUAAAGUUUGAUCAGUUGAACAAGUUUAACCAGGAUUGGAACAUGUUAUAAAGAAGGAACAUCAACAGAUUUAAGAGUUUUGAUAAAUCAAUUAGCCGUACGACUGCAUCAUUUGUUUCUUCAGUUUGGUUAAAACAGGACAGAGUAUCUGUGUGUAAAUGGAUUUUAUAUUUAGUGGGCCAGAUAUUGGCGUUUGACAAUAUGGCUGUUCAACUACAGACUUGUCCUCUUUGUGUGUAUUGACGAUAAGAAUUGUGUACUUAGUUCUUAGUCCAUCUUUGGCUUUGAUUGCCCCUGUGACUUGAUCCAAGAUGGAAGGAUUAUUAUGUCUGUCCAAACCUGCCAAGGAAUACGCUGAGUUCCAGCUGAGUCCAUCGGAGAACAACAAUGGAGACACUGGUUCCGAUGAUGCUCCUCCCAAAGCCAGCCUCUCAGGAAAGCUGUCUUCGACAUCGAUGACCUCCGUCGGAUCGAUGUCAGCGGUGAGCAACGAGGAUCUCAAGGACUUCCUGGAGCAGAUGAAAUGGCACAUCAACAACAAGUUGGACAACACCAGGAUAGAGAUGGUGGAACUGAGGAAGAAGGUCAACUCUAUCGAUGAGAAACUGAAGCUGGACAACACCAGGAUAGAGAUGGUGGAACUCAGGAAGAAGGUCAACUCUAUCGAUGAGAAACUGAAGAUUGUCCUUGAAGAGAAGGAGGGGUUAUGUGACCAUGGUAACCAGGAUGAUGAGAAUGGGACAUUGGAAACAGAGAAUGAUCAAGGUGGAGCGGAUGGAGAUGGAGGAGGAGGUGGUGGUAGUGCUGGAGGUAAUGGGAAGGGUGGUAUACGCAGAGGAAGUGGUAGCCUUGCAAAGAGCAUCAAAGGUGUCUUUAUGAACAGUAAUAAUAACAAAAUGGACAAGCAUAGCAACGGAGGAGGAGGGAAUGGUAGCAAACCAGAUAAACAGACCAACGGUGGACCGAUCGCGGAAGAAGAAGAAGUCGAGAAACGAAAGACAGUUACGUUUGGACAAGAUGUUGUUGUGAAAGAAUUCCAAAGAGUGUUUAGUGGAAAGAAAAGAUCUAAGAAGGGUCAGAAACUGAAAAUGAGAGAGGAAGUGGUGGAAGAAGAAGAUGAAGAAGAGGAAGCAGAUGCAGCUGAGAGGAGUGCGCUGGAAGAUGAAAAGCAAAAUGACAUUCAAAAAGAAAAUAGGAAUGCUAAAGAUGAGGAUAUAGAUGAUUUUACAGAUUCUGAAGAAGAGACAGAAAACAAAGAAGCUUCAACAUCAGCAAAGAAAGCUGCAAAUCAUUCUGCAACAGCGUUAGCAAACAAAGCUGCGAUAGAUCUGGCUAAGGAGAGAGAAGCAUCAUGGAGAAAUAGCAAGUCUGUAGAUGGAGCGAAUGAGUACCAAAACACAACAAUCAGUGGACAACCUCCAGAGGAUUUCUAUGAGGUGCCAGUGCAAGAUGAACCACCAGCAUUGCCAUCCACAGCCAGCAGACCUCCAAUCAAGAGAGUGAUAGACGAGAAUGAAGACUUUUAUGAAGAUCCAGAUGACCAAGAAUCAGGAAGGGGCUCCAUGCCUCCUGGUUCAUGCAGUGAUGAAGGAAGUGGAAACACAUUUGUCUUCCCACAAAAAGGAGAAAAAACUAAUUAUAACGAGGAUGAUUUCAACAGUGACUCAACCGACUAUGAGGAUGUAGAAGAUGUUGAUCAAGAUCAUCAUCACCAAGAGAAACGGAAGAAACCUAAAGUGGACAAAUUGGAUGAGUUCAAGAAUGAUCACAGUAAUGAAGAAGACAUUGAUCUCAUAGACAGACUGCUUAUGCUCAACAACUUCUUCAGUACAAUCAAGAGUGUCGGCGGCAAGUGGGAAAAGCGUUAUUGCAUCGCUAAAGAUGGCCAACUCUUCAUCUACAAGUCAUAUAAAGACAAGCAAUCAAAAGCUCAGCGGUUACCGUUGAUGGGAUAUACUGUAUUCUUGUUGGGUCAACAAGGUAAACAGGAUAAUGUGAUCAAGAUUGACCAUCACAACCUCAAGCCUCCUGUUCUACUUGCUUCAGAUUCAGCUGAAACUUCAAACAAAUGGGUUGCUGUUCUUAAGAGGUACUCUACAAUAAACCACACCAUUGUACCUGGAGGUCCACAGGAAGAUGAGGAACCAGAGGAAAGUCCAGACAAGAAAAAAGGUACUAAGUUUUUUUCUCGAGAGAAGAAAGAUGGGACUCCACAACUCACCAUGGAUAAUGAUGUAUUAUCAGGUUAUGUGAACAUCUGUGGAGCUAAAUUUGGAGAAACUAAGAUCAGAAGAAAAUGGAUCCUGUUGAAGGACAUGGUGUUCUCUUGCUCUGCUACCAAAGAUGAUCCGAAGAACUUCAGUUUCAGCAUCCGAGGGAUCGAUGUAGAGGCGGCUGAUAAGAAAGAGGUCAAGAUGAAAGGAGCAUUCAAACUCAGUAAAGACGGAGAAGUCUACUUGUAUAUUGAGGCCCUGAACAUGCUGGAUGCCGGUCAUCUAUUGAAGCAGCUUGUAUCAGCAUCCAUGAAUGCUACACCCAAGACAAACACUGGAGGAAGACGAGCAAGCUCAGGGACUGAUGAGAGUGGUGUGGUUGCUAGGUUACUAGCUUCCUACGAGAAGGCAUCUGAUCAGACAGAUAAUGCUCAGAGAAGAUUUUCUACCGUAAGUCAGCAGUCAUCCUUAUCGACCCUUGAUGAAACGUAUGAUGAUGUAGACUUAUCUCCAAAGCCGGAAGAAAACUAUGAAAAUAACAUCGUCAAAGCAGCACCUCAAGAUUCAUCAGGAAGACGAAAGAUGUUUUCAAAUAAACUUAAGUUUAACAGGAAUCGUCAGUCUACAGGAGACCUGUAUGAAGAUACUGUAUCACCACCACCCCCAGGAGCCGGACCGGAAUGUCUCUAUGACGAUGUCGACGUCCUUCCUCCUCUUCGCCCAUCUAGUGAUAAGACGGCAAGAGAUAAGAAAUCUAUGUCAUUACCAUCCGAGGACAGGGUACCAGCAGUUUUUGAAGAUCUUUAUCUGGAGGUUAUAAGUGAUACUGACACCAUGGCAACCGCAUCUUCAUCUUCAGAAACAGCUCCUGCAGUCGAUACGAUCCAAAGCUCUAAUUCACUCCAAGCCCCCUCCACUCCUCAAUCUCGAAUAAAGAAUUUCAAAUUAAAUUUCAAAGUCAAGAAGGACAAAGAAAAGGAGAUGAUUAGUCCGACUGAAUCGGCUCCUGGUGAGAAGAAAGAGACAGAGAAGGAGAGGAAACAAAGGGAAAAGAAGGAGAAGGAGGAGAAGAAGAAGGAGGAGAAAAAGAAGAAAGAGAAGAAGGAUAAGAAGAAGAAGAAAGAGAAGGAAGAAGUGGCGGAAGUAGCUCCUUCUACCCCAACAACUCCUUCAACUCCACCAAUUCUGAAAGUAUCGGAGAAGACAGAUGAGAUGAAGAAACCAUCUCCUGGUUUACAGAGGAAAGCAACAGCGCCAGUAAAUAAAUUCAAGGAUUCUAGCAUGAGCCAUCUAUUGGUGAAGGAUAAGUUGAUGCAGGAUAGAAAAGAGUUGGAGACACAGAAGACAGAACUCAGCACCAAGAGAGGAGACCUGAGAGCUAAGAAGAUGUCAUCAACAGAUCCAGUAGAAAAGGAGAAGAUACAAAAGGAGAUUGAUGUCAUUCAAAAAGAAUUAUCAGAGCUUAGCAAGAAACUCGUCAAAUUAGCUUCUGAAAUGGAAGAUGCUACAGGAAAUAAGAAAGAUACUAAUAAUCCCCCUCCUGAGAAUGCUAACAGCACGUCAAGUGACUCCUCACCUCUCACCAGGAAGCCAUCGGUGAGAGCUGCAUCACCUGAUAGAGAGAGUGUUAGCAAAGGAACAGUGUCAGAUAGAAUGAAGAUGUUCCAGCAAGGCAAGUGAAUGUGAGAGAACUCCCUGCAUCACAAGAUAUUCCUUCUACGAGUCUGGCUUGAUGUUACCAUAGAUAUUCCUUCUACGAGUCUGGCUUGAUGUUACCAUAGAUCUUCCUCUGAGUCCUCCAAGUCUUCCAAGUCUGAAUGAUAAACCAUACUGCCAAUGGAUACCAUGAACCAAUAGAACCCUGAGAUGAGGUUCUUCUUCCAAGGGAACUUUAGCUCUCUCUAAGAUCCCUGUCUCCAUUUCAUACUAAAGAUCGAUAUGAAUUCACUAUUAUGAUAGCAGGUCACUUGAAACCAUGGUGAAGUAGAAAAAAAGAUAUGUAUAUAUAUCAUGUCCCUUGUACGAUAGUGUUUGGUAUAGUUUGAAAAAAUGUAAUUGAAAUGCAUAUCGUAUCAAUAUUAAUCAUCUCCAAUGGAUUGAGACGUACACACACCAUUAAGUACUUUGCAACAACAGAAAGACCCUAAACAUAUAUAACAGUAGUAAGACAAUAUUUCUGUUAAAUCUAAUGACAAUAUGUGAACGUAUAGCAAUAUGUAAAAGUCUCCAAACUGAGAAGAAAUGCAUGACCCUAAACUGGUGUUUUUUGUCUCCAAUUGAUUCUGACCUACAUUAGAUGAGUUGUUAUUAUUCUUGGUGUGAAAGUUUUUUCUUCUUUUUUUUCAGUCACCACACCUAGCAUUCCCCCUUCAUGUACUUGUAUAAAGUAAUGUAUUGUAAUAUCAACAGGAAUUAGCUUUCAAUUUUCAUGGUAAUUGUAUUAGUCCUGUACUGUAGACAGCAAUGAUGAAAUCAUGCCAUGAUGCGCACAGAAGGUCAGGCAAGGUGUGUGUUACAGCAAGGUAGUGGGAAAUUCAUUCAUAUUUAAUUUUAUUGUGUCAAAUUAAUGAUUAUUUUUUAUAUAAUGAAAGUAUUCAGUUGAUCUGAAGAUAAGUAACAUGUAUAUUCUUGUAUUAAAUGGUGGAUAAGGGAUUGAGUUGAUAAAAGACAUAAUGUUUGUGAGUUCAUGCAAACACUUUAAUAGUGAUGAUCCAUGUGAAAGUAAUUAUAGGUGAACAGUAUGUUGUUUUUGUAGUUGUUUAUGAGCAGCUUGAUUUGUGAUAUGUACACUAAGCUUGGUCAUAGCCAAGACAUUUUAUUCUGUAAUUAGCUUCUCUUAACUCAAGUGCAGCUAGAAGAUACCUAGUAAUGUUGGUAGGAGCUGUUAGCUUCUCUUAACUCAAGUGCAGCUAGUAGAUACCUAGUAAUGUUGGUAGGAGCUGUUAGCUUCGCUUAACCUGAGUGCAGCUAGUAGAUACCUAGUAAUGUUGGUAGGAGCUGUUAGCUUCUCUUAACCUGAGUGCAGCUAGUAGAUACCUAGUAAUGUUGGUAGGAGCUAUUGGAGCUUAGAGCCAGGCUGAUCAUCAUUUAUAAUGAAAGCACAGUGAUAGGUGCUGCAAUAUAAAUAAACAUAAUUCAUGUUAUUAUGAAGAUAUGAAAUGCUUGGUCAUAGGUUGUAUGAAUUGAUUCUUUUUCAUAUGAUUUGAUAUAAUGGUAGUGUCAACAAGUCUUAUUUCCAUUGGUCCUAUUUAUUGAUGCAAUGAAUUUUUUGGAGAGUGGAUAAAGUGAGAAGUACAGCUGCAAUCCACACCAUAGAUAUUCACAACUCAUAUUCUAAGUUAAUUUUGGUUAAAAAGAGGGAAUUGCAUUAUUUAUGUGUUGUUGAUUAUGUUUGGGUUGAGGAAUUGGAAAGAUAGUCAAUCAGUUUUAUAAAGGAAAAGAAAGCAUUUUGAUCAGUGGUCUGAUAUGUUGUAUAAAAUAAAAUAAGAAUAGAGCUAAUGAAAAAACACAAAGCUUACUCCCAGAGUGUUUUAUAUUUCAGGUUUCCCCCUGAAAUCUUUGUCUUAUUUCUGUCAUUGACAUAAGAUGUUAUUGCAUGAUUUCAUGAAUAAAAUGCAUGUACAUUACAGUUAUAUUCUGUUGUAGUUUCAAAUUAAGUUUUUGUUAUAUUUAGAUCGGAUAAUGACAGUACGAUUGCCAUAAUGAAUAGAAUCGAUGAAUCUGAAUUACAACCUGUUUGAGAUUUCUUUUUCCAUUCACAUAUAUUCAGCGCUGGUCGCUGGGACUUCCCAAUGGGUUUUUACUUUCUUUUUGUUUACUCAGAAAGGCUAAAGCAAAGGUGUGACGUAAGGGAUUGUGGUAUCAUAAAACAUAUUAAUACUUAGAUGAUUGUUUGGGUGUGUUUCGUAAAGUGGUACCAAAAUAUACUGCCCCAAGUUGUCAACAUUUAUAUUAUGUCGGUACUUGUUUUUAAUUUACAGAAUCUAUUGUAAUUUAUGAAAUAUGCUGUUCAUAUAUGUUUCAUGUAUAUCGUUAGGAUUAGUAUGAAGUUGUAUAUGUAAUUAAGACUGCUAACACAAUUCUGUGAUUGGAUAUGAAAUAUUUAGAGUAAUGACAAGAGGGUAUCAACCUUUAGCCUUUAUGAGUCAUUGAAUUGUGACUCCAUGUAAAACAAAAUAGUCAUUUGAAUGAUAUGCAACUCAUCAAACACAAAAUGAGCAGUAAUCAUCUUUAUUGAAAUCAGAAUAUGUUAGUUUCUAAAUAUUUCAAGAAGAGAAUACAUUUUAAACAUGAGUAGCAAAUGAAUGAUUGAUGUGAAUUUUAAAAAUAUAAACUGAUCAACUAUAUACUUUUUCACAAUGUAUUGUGUGAUGGUCAAAUAAAUCAGUUUUAAGAGUUACACAUGUCGCAUCUUCCAAUGCCGUGAUAGGGAAAGAAAUACUCUAAAGGGACAAAAUAGAAAUAUGCAUUGAGAGAGAGGUAAAAUGGGAGAUUAAGAUCAAUGCUAAUUAUCAAAUAAAGAUGACUUUUUGUAAAGAUUCUUUUUCAUGCAUGAUUAAAUGUGUAGAUAUGAUAUCAUCAGCAAGCAUGUAUGAUUUAACUACUACUUCAUGUCAUAGAAUGAGGUUUUAAGGUGUAUAAAGCAUUUCUUAGUGCAUGAAAAUGAAUCUUAAUGCUUCCAAUAUCCAUGCAAACUUCUUUUCAUGAAAGAUAAUACAUUUUGUAUAAUAUCUAUAUUUUGUAUCUCUUUUUGUAAAUUCAAAGUAGUUUUUUUCCAUUUACAUGAUAGCACCAGUAUAUAUUUUGACAUGAAAAAACAUCUUGUGAAAUGUUAUGAUCAAGGUGAGGCCUUAGAGGUUUUUCUAUUUGUUUUAUUGUUCAACUAAAUAUCUAAUGACGUUAUUCAUCAAAUUGUAGUUUUGAAAUAAAUACUUCGCUCUGUUAUAAUG